AUGAUUUGUACUGCGUCAAAGCUUCGAAAGUGUAUUCCGAUAUCGGGAUAUAGGUUUUUGUCCAAUUCGUAUUCACUAAUUCUUGCCUGCUGCCAGCAGUCUCCAGCAUAAAAGAAACUGCUUUCCGCUUGAUGCUUGCAAAAGACACAUAAACCUGUUUAUUUGCAUGAAAGGGGAAAACAAUCAAUACGAGUGCUAGAUUUGCUAGACGAACGCGAGGUGUGCAAAAACAAAGGAAGAAGACGGCCAUAAAGGAAAGAAAUGCAUACACAUUUGUGAAAAAUUCAUGUAAAAUUGAUACGGCGAAAUAGUGAUACAGCGAUAAGCACAGCAGCCGAAAGGGCAGACAAGAAAAGUGCCGCUGUUUUUGGUUAGAUUAAGGUUCGCCAAGGCACAAGUGUACACGGGGGGCUGGGUUUAUUACGUCCUUCGCAGAACGUCGGCAACGAGAGAGAGAGAGAGAGACGGGUAACAAUCACAAGCCCUGAACUUGUUUUAACAAGUCACAACACAGUAGGCACAGUUGAACAGCGCACCCAGGAAUCCAUUUGGUGUCACCCGCAUUCCGGUUUGGUCACACACCCCACAAAUAAGGGCAUUGAAGUAGGCACAGGAGCAUAGGACGGCAACUAGAAGGCUGGCGACGGCGUAAUUCCGUUCCUCCCGUUUUUAUGGGCAACAUCGUCCUGCGGAAUCGUAUCCUGGAGAGCAUGAACAACCUCGAGCACGGCGAUGACGGUGGUGACGGUUCGGACGAUUUUGAAAUGAUCCGCGAGCGGCUGUUCAACGGGAUCCAGCCGCAGGACGACGAAGACGAUACACCCGCAUCACGCAGCGAAUUUGCAUCGAUUCUACGCCAUCUCAUACGUAGUUAUGAGAGUAUGUUCCAUUUAAGCGGCGAAAUAAUGGUGCUCAACUACGAAAGCUACACGCAUCAUCCGCUCCCGGUGAUAAAGAAGAAACCGAACCUGCAGAAACUGAUGCGCAACGACAUCUAUCACUCAACAAAGGUUGCAUGCGGCCAGAGCGAUACGGUGGCAGCUGUGGGUGAGGAUGGCGAAAACCCCACGGUCCCGUUUUCGCUCAUGAACAUGGUGACCAAUCGGCAACGUGGGCUUGGAAAGCGCAAGGGUCCGUUCAUGCAGAGCGACAAGUGUAAGAUCAUGAACCACUUCCGGCCGAACAACUGCGCCGAGACGAUCAGUUCGUGCGAUUCGAAGGUGUUCUGCGGACGGUUCACGAGCAACGGGGAUCAGUUCGUGACGGCGGGCCAGGAUGCGCUGGUGCGCGUGUACGAUUCAUCCCGCAGCCAGUACAAGCUGAAGAGCACGCUGGAGACGAAACACGUGGCUUGGUCAAUUCUGGACAUCGAUUUCAGCCCCGAUGGCAGCUCGUUCGUGUACAGCACCUGGGCCGACGCAUUGUUCAUUUCCAGGCUGGACCGCGGCUCAUCCGAUAGCAUACAUUCGCUGUAUCUGUGUUCGAACAACCGAAAGCUGGGAGUGUUCACCGUGUGCUAUUCGAGCUGUGGCAAACACAUUCUGUGCGGUGCGAACGAUGGCAGCCUGUACGCGUACGAUCUGGGAGCGAAUCGGCGUACGCUGAUGGCACCGGUUGCACGGGAGGACACGGACGUGAACACGGUCGGGUUCGUCGAUGAGCUGUCGAACAUAUUCGUCAGCGGAAGCGAUGACAGCGUUAUCAAGCUAUGGGAUCGUCGCUGUAUGAACGAAUCAAACCCGGAAGCCGUUGGUCGGCUGAUUGGCCAUUACGACGGCAUAACGUACAUCAGUUCGCGCAACGACGGCCGCUACAUCAUUUCGAAUUCGAAGGAUCAGAGCAUCAAGCUGUGGGAUCUGCGCAAAAUGUCCCCGUCCAACGUAAGGCGUGAACAUGCGCACAGUCUCUGGGAUUACCGAUGGGACGAUGUGCCCAAACGCUUUUUCAAUAUCACGAAAUCGCUGAAGGGAGAUACCAGCAUAAUGACGUACAGAGGCCACAAGGUGCAGAAGAGCUUGAUCCGCGCGAAGUUCUCCCCAGCAAGCACUACCGGCCAGCGGUACAUCUACACCGGUUGCGGCACUGGACGGUUAAUAAUUUACGACGUACUGACCGGCGCGAUUGUGGAAGCGAUCGAGGGUCAUCACGAUAUUGUGCGCGAUGUUGAUUGGCAUCCGCACAGAACGGAAGUCAUGACUUGUUCGUGGGAUGGUACCGUCCAUCGGCACACGCAUUGCAGCUCGAUCGAGAAGCAGGAGCACCGGGAACGGUUGCACCAGAUGAAGUUACGGCGUCUAUCGAACGCGUACCCUUCCACCGAUAACGCUUCCUACGUGGAGGAAGAUGAAGAGGAGGAGGAGGAAGAGGAAGAUGAGCAUGAUGAAGCGGAUGAGGAUGUGGAAGUGCAGCAGCAGCAAAAUCCUCCGGUACGACGAUCGCGCCGCUUGGCCGAACGUUACAGCCACGAAGGGAACGCUGCAGGCGGUGGCAGCGGCGGCGGCGGGCGGCUCAGUGCAAGUAGCAGCAGUAGUAGCAGCAACAGUAUCACCAGCAACAGCAGCAACAGCAGCACUAGCAGCAACAGUAGCAGUGGCCGCAGCUCCAGCUCGGGACGCGUCAGCCGAAACGGGAACUUCCCGGCAUCGCGCACCUUACGCUCCUUGCGCUCGUUCGAAUCGUCUUUUCGCUCGUUGCGCAGACGGCUUCGCGACAGCCCGUGAAACCACAACAGCGACGAAGCGCACAGGCCGAGGUUGAGUUGUUUGUUGGGAGUUGUUGUAGGUUGUUAGACGCAGAACCCUGGAAUGCCCUGAUCACGAAAAUCCAAUUAUUUAAAUCACAGGAUAUGUAGCCAGAUAGAACGGAAGGGGAGGUGGGAACACACGAUAAAGUAAGUUUUCGUUUUCGUUUUCUUUUUAUUAAAUUUCACUAUUGUGUUAAUGAAAACGAGCUAGAAAAGGGGAAAGGAAGUAGUAGAAGUAGUAUGGGUGCCACUUAGGUUUGACCAGCUACAAUCAUUCAAAGCCCAAUUUUAAAAAUAGGACCAUCCCCAUUUGUGCUUAGUAGUAGUAGUGAAAUAUCUUGUUUUCUUACUAGUUGAAGCUUUGGUUUGACACAUACUACGAAUAAAUUGCAACACUCCGUUAUCCCAAGCUGCCAGAAUACGCAACACGGGAAUAAAAAUACAUAGACACAUUAACCAUUCUACUCCCACUACUACUACUACUACUUCUGUACAAUAUAUGUAAUGUUAUAUAUGUGUAUGUAUAUUCGAUGGACUGAUUUUGUAUUCAACAAUUAUUCAAAGCGUUACAGAGAACGGUGAAAACAAUAGCAG